AUGGGCGGACGCAACACAUACGAAUAUAUUCGUCUAAAUCUUCCAGGUGCAGUACCAUCGAUCACUUCGGUUGAUCGUUCUAUUACAAAAGCUGGUGGAAAGAUCGUUGAAGAUGAAUUUCGAUAUGAUGCUCUGAGCGAUUUCCAAAUUUCAAACAAUUAUCAACUUGCUAUCUGCUCCGAGGAUUGUACAGGUGUGAUCCAGAAGAACUUCUUACAAUAUCUAAAUCGUCGUCGACUUCAUUUCUUCUANUCGAAGAACAAUUAUCGAUAUGAUACAAAAGUGCAAAAUUUUGUUCAACCAUUAUAUAUUAUGGGCGGACGCAACACAUACGAAUAUAUUCGUCUAAAUCUUCCAGGUGCAGUACCAUCGAUCACUUCGGUUGAUGGUUCUAUUACAAAAGCUGGUGGAAAGAUCGCUGAAGGUGAAUUUCGAUAUGAUGCUCUGAGCGAUCUCCAAAUUUCAAACAAUUAUCAACUUGCUAUCUGCUCCGAGGAUUGUACAGGUGUGAUCCAGAAGGUGGUGUAUGAUGCAUCUACUAGCACAGUCAUCGAAUUCUCAACUCCACUCGAUCAUGGAGUACCUGUUCCACAAUUUUUUCAAGCUGAUUCGUAUGAUGAAUUGAAAAAGUGCUUCGAGAAUGAAGAAAAAUCAAAUCUUUUAAACGUUCAUAUGUUAGAACGUCUUACAAUAUCUAAAUCGUCGUCGACUUCAUUUUUUCUAGGAGCUUACGGAAUUACAAGCAAAUUUAACUCAAUUGAUGUUCUUCGUCGUUGGCUGUGGGUAUUUGAACGUUCUCGGAUUUCGAAUAUUCGAAUUCUUACUUUUUCAACGGACUGUGAUCCGAAAUAUUUACGUGCUAUGCGUCUCAUUUCGGGGUUUUUUGCUAAACUACCUAACAUACCUAUAAUACACCUCUGCACCAAGAUUCGUAAUCGUCUUCUUUCUCAAUCUGCUUCAAUGUUUAUUGGAAACGGAAAAAUAUCAGUCGAUGUACUCUUUGAUUUAAUUAAAAACCAAUCGAAACUAAUUCAUGGAUUAGUAAAAACGGAUGUUUAUCCAAAAGACCGACAAAACUUCAGUUCAUGUGCUAAAAUUUCAACUGAUGAUGUUUUAUCUGCUCUCAAUAAUGCUUCUGAUUCUUAUGCUACACAAGUUUACUUACGUCUGUUGCGUAGUAUUAUACUAGCUUAUAUUGAACAAAGUACAUCAAUUAUUGAUCGAAUAUAUCAUAGUUGGAUUACAGUAUUCAUUUGCCGACUUUGGUGGACUUGGUUGCAGUUAACUGAUGUGGAAGAAAUUUCCACAGAAUAUUAG